UAUGAAAAAUAUCCAACUGCUGACAAUAUUUUUAUUAAAGGUUGUGCUUAUAAUCAACCAGCAAAUCAAAUAAAUUUGUUUACUGAAUUUACUAUACAAGCUAAUUAUAAUAAAUUAGAAAUUAUUUCAAAGAUGCAAUUAUAUGAUAGUGAAGUUCAAACUUUAACUUCUCUAUUUUUUGGUCUAAAAAAAGAAAAAUUAGUUAUAAAUUUUUUUGAAAACUCUUCAAAUUAUGCAAAAUAUACUAAUUCAGUUUCUAGAACUACAUUUUUACAUGCAAUUGCAACAGUAAUUGAAGAAUCAGUUUUAGAAGAAACAAGAAAAUCAUCAGUCUGGAGUUUGUUAAUUGAUGAAAAUAAUACAAUUACACAUAAUAAAACUUGUGCAAUUGUAAACAAACAUGUAACAAAUAAUAUUUUUGUACUUCAGUAUUUAGGAUUAAUUGAAUUAAAAGAAGUAGAUGCAAUAGGUAUUAUAAAUAAUUUAAUCAAAUUUUUUUUAGCAAAAAUAUUAGAACCUUCAAAAUUAUUACAUUUUGAAAGUAAUGGUGAUACUUUUUCAAAUAUUCAUCAAGAGUUAAACAAAACAAUUCAUUUUAUUACUAUUGAAUUUAUUAGAUAUCCUGAUAAAAAUAUUGAACCAACAUUAGGAACACAUUUACAUGAUUAUUGUAUACAAUAUUCA